GCAUCUGGUCCCCCUGGCAUCAAAGUUAGGGCUUUCUAAGGCAGGUGAGCAGGCGUCCUCCUUUUCCAGGACAAGGCCUGCCUUAUUUCAAAAGGUCCUCCAUUUUGAGCCUAAUUAAGCAUGAAUAUAGAAGUAUAAUUUGCAAUGCCCUAUGUUUCUCUCAAAUGUCCUACAUUUUUGUGGUGCCUUGUCCUCCUUUGCAGUGAGGACACCUUGUUUCUUAGUCUGCAGCUGCAUGGCAUAAAUAGCCCAGUUUGACACCGCUUUAACUGCCAUGACUCCCUCUAUUAAAUCCUACUCGUGUCCAGUAUCAAUCAAGAAGCAUCAUUGACUAAUUCCCUUUACUUGUCUUCAUAUACUUUACAGAAGGACCCCAGUCAUACAGAGUUCUUCCAAUGAUUUCUAACCAUAAAGGCCAGUUUUCCCUUCUCCAGAGAGUCCUAGAUGCAUUAAUAAAUAUAGAUAUGGGGGGGGGGAGAAAUGUGCAGGACUUCCUGCCAUAAAAAGUCCAAGUGUUCUGGGUUGUGACUCUGGAAGGCCACGGUUGUAUCCUGGCUCGGCCAUGGAAGCCACUGGGAGGCCUUGCGAGAGUGCGCCUGUCCCAGAGCCCCACAGUGAGUUUCACCACCAAGCCGGUACUCGAACCCUGGUUUCCAGGGCCACAGACCGACGUUUCCACCAAUGCGCCACAGAACACUCUGCGAAAGAUUCGGCCUCCGCUCCCUAUUUAUAGCUAUAGCCACGCAACUGAUGACGCCCAGGAAAGGACAUGGCAACCCUCUCGCAAAGGUUCCAUCUGUGCUCUGGAACUUGCUUGGCUCCAUUCUGGAACCCAACCAGAAGCCCUGCUUCAACUGUUGGCUCUUGGCCGCUGGAGGCCAGAGGCUGCUCUCUGUGAGGCUCCUUGGCCUGGACUCGAGUCUCAGGCCCCCCUCCGUUGACCAUGCCUGACUUCGUCAAAGCCUUCAAGAAACCUUUCCUGUGGAUGUUGCCAUGGGUACGGCGCAAAAAUAAGGGGGACAAGGAUCCAGGUCUCCCAGAAGUCAACAUAAGCCAUCAUGAGGAGGAGAUCCCUGAAGCGUGGAGUCAUAUCCCUUUAACGGAUGCAGAUGCGGAGGCUGAUCCUGGGCCCAGGUCAGACAGAGUCCCAGAAGUUCAGGAGAAAACAUCUGAUGAGAAGCGCAGUGAUCACAUGCUUGAUUUGAACGAAUUUAAUUCUGCCCCGACGAAGGAAGCCUUACAUAAAUUGUGCAACAAGUACGCUGGUUUUUCCAAAGAAGAGAGGUGGGACAUAGCAGACGCCAUCGCAAGCAAUCAUUUGGACCUGAUGCUAGAUCAUUACUUGGAAUCGCAAGAAACGGCCUGCAGUGAUCUCAUGCAUGGCGUCUUCGCUGAAGGCAGCUGCAGCCUCAACACCUGCUUGAAUCACUUCAUCGUCAAGCUGAAUGAAGGUCAGAUUACAGAGAGUAAGGAGCUGCCUUUGGCCAAGGUGAGGGCGCUCAGAGGGAUCAAGGCCAUUGUACAGGACUUCUGCAACAUCCAGGACCUGAAGGACUGGCUGUCGUUCCACUUAGUGACCCUGGCCAACGUCUUGGUCAGCCAGUUCCAACGCGAGGAGAAGGGGACCAGCAGGAAGCCCAAAAUGUACCUGGUCCCAGGGGAAGCAAUUGAUAUCCUUUCAAUCCUGCUCCAGAAGCUGGACCUGGUGCAAAACAUGCUGUCCUCCCUCUGACCCAGAUGAGUGCCCUGCCUUCCCUCGCAGACCGAAAGACCAUCCCCUCAACACC